AUGGAUUUCGUCAUCCCGUUUUCUAUGCCACGAGGCAGCGUUGGCUCUCAGUGCCACUUUGUUCAGUCCUUCGCUGCCUCCCGUGUCAGGAUGGCGGCGCUCUUCCAGGUCCUAGCAGUGGCUCUCCUCUUCGCCUAUGCUUCUUCCCGGCUUUAUCGAGAACCAGAGCUCUGGCAGGACGAUUAUGUCAGCGAGAUCAGUGACCAGAGCGACACCGACGUUCUCGACGACCCAGACAUCCUGGCCUUGCUGGCAGCUGAAGACGAGGAAGACGAAGACGACAGUGAGGAUGAGGACGACGACCCCCUGGAGCAUUUUGUCGACGUCUUGAGGAAACUCAAGCAUGAGGAUGGGAUUGACGAAGACGUGAUCUCGCUCCUGCUUUCGGAACUCGAAGGCGAGGACGAGGUCGAGGAACAUGAGAGUGAAGCAGAAAGCGAAGAGGAACAAGUCGCACGCGAGCCAAGGAGGGAGAAGAGGUCCCCUGCGAGAAGCUCCAGUAGAUCAUCUUCGUCUAGAUCGAGAGGAAGUGGGUGGCUCAGCAGGAGGUCCAGCAGUUCAUCGUCGUCCAGCAGCAGCGGCAGCAGCAGCAGCAGCAGAAGUUCUGGCGGAUGGUUCAGAAGAAGCAGCUCUUCUGGUAGCAGCAGCAGAAGUGGAAGUAGCAGCAGUAGCAGCAGUGGCAGCAGCAGUAGCAGCAGUGGAAGUAGCAGCAGCACUGGUACAAGCAGCACUGGAGGAGGCUCAUAUGGGUGGAACACUGGAAACAACCGAGGCACUGCCACGGGUGCAUCAGGAGCUGGAGUUGCAACAGGUGUCUCCACUGGCACUUCGGGUACAAGGCCUGGCGGAUACCCAAGCGGCACAGUCCCUCACAGUGGCUACCCGACGGGAUCCCAGCCUGCCUCUGGAUAUCCGACUGGGACACAGCCCGGUGCUGGGUACCCUGGAAACACGCGACCUGUUGCAGGAUACCCAUCCGGUAAUCAACCCGUGCCCGGAUACCCAACUGGGACACAGCCCGGUGCUGGGUACCCUGGAAACACGCGACCUGUUGCAGGAUACCCAUCCGGUAAUCAACCCGUGCCCGGAUACCCAACUGGGACACAGCCCGGUGUUGGGUACCCUGGAAACACGCGACCUGUUGCAGGAUACCCAUCCGGUAAUCAACCCGUGCCCGGAUACCCAACUGGGACACAGCCCGGUGUUGGGUACCCUGGAAACACGCGACCUGUUGCAGGAUACCCAUCCGGUAAUCAACCCGUGCCCGGAUACCCAACUGGGACACAGCCCGGUGUUGGGUACCCUGGAAACACGCGACCUGUUGCAGGAUACCCAUCCGGUAAUCAACCCGUGCCCGGAUACCCAACUGGGACACAGCCCGGUGUUGGGUACCCUGGAAACACGCGACCUGUUGCAGGAUACCCAUCCGGUAAUCAACCCGUGCCCGGAUACCCAACUGGGACACAGCCCGGUGUUGGGUACCCUGGAAACACGCGACCUGUUGCAGGAUACCCAUCCGGUAAUCAACCCGUGCCCGGAUACCCAACUGGGACACAGCCCGGUGUUGGGUACCCUGGAAACACGCGACCUGUUGCAGGAUACCCAUCCGGUAAUCAACCCGUGCCCGGAUACCCAACUGGGACACAGCCCGGUGUUGGGUACCCUGGAAACACGCGACCUGUUGCAGGAUACCCAUCCGGUAAUCAACCCGUGCCCGGAUACCCAACUGGGACACAGCCCGGUGUUGGGUACCCUGGAAACACGCGACCUGUUGCAGGAUACCCAUCCGGUAAUCAACCCGUGCCCGGAUACCCAACUGGGACACAGCCCGGUGUUGGGUACCCUGGAAACACGCGACCUGUUGCAGGAUACCCAUCCGGUAAUCAACCCGUGCCCGGAUACCCAACUGGGACACAGCCCGGUGUUGGGUACCCUGGAAACACGCGACCUGUUGCAGGAUACCCAUCCGGUAAUCAACCCGUGCCCGGAUACCCAACUGGGACACAGCCCGGUGUUGGGUACCCUGGAAACACGCGACCUGUUGCAGGAUACCCAUCCGGUAAUCAACCCGUGCCCGGAUACCCAACUGGGACACAGCCCGGUGUUGGGUACCCUGGAAACACGCGACCUGUUGCAGGAUACCCAUCCGGUAAUCAACCCGUGCCCGGAUACCCAACUGGGACACAGCCCGGUGCUGGGUACCCUGGAAACACGCGACCUGUUGCAGGAUACCCAUCCGGUAAUCAACCCGUGCCCGGAUACCCAACUGGGACACAGCCCGGUGUUGGGUACCCUGGAAACACGCGACCUGUUGCAGGAUACCCAUCCGGUAAUCAACCCGUGCCCGGAUACCCAACUGGGACACAGCCCGGUGCUGGGUACCCUGGAAACACGCGACCUGUUGCAGGAUACCCAUCCGGUAAUCAACCCGUGCCCGGAUACCCAACUGGGACACAGCCCGGUGUUGGGUACCCUGGAAACACGCGACCUGUUGCAGGAUACCCAUCCGGUAAUCAACCCGUGCCCGGAUACCCAACUGGGACACAGCCCGGUGUUGGGUACCCUGGAAACACGCGACCUGUUGCAGGAUACCCAUCCGGUAAUCAACCCGUGCCCGGAUACCCAACUGGGACACAGCCCGGUGUUGGGUACCCUGGAAACACGCGACCUGUUGCAGGAUACCCAUCCGGUAAUCAACCCGUGCCCGGAUACCCAACUGGGACACAGCCCGGUGUUGGGUACCCUGGAAACACGCGACCUGUUGCAGGAUACCCAUCCGGUAAUCAACCCGUGCCCGGAUACCCAACUGGGACACAGCCCGGUGCUGGGUACCCUGGAAACACGCGACCUGUUGCAGGAUACCCAUCCGGUAAUCAACCCGUGCCCGGAUACCCAACUGGGACACAGCCCGGUGCUGGGUACCCUGGAAACACGCGACCUGUUGCAGGAUACCCAUCCGGUAAUCAACCCGUGCCCGGAUACCCAACUGGGACACAGCCCGGUGUUGGGUACCCUGGAAACACGCGACCUGUUGCAGGAUACCCAUCCGGUAAUCAACCCGUGCCCGGAUACCCAACUGGGACACAGCCCGGUGUUGGGUACCCUGGAAACACGCGACCUGUUGCAGGAUACCCAUCCGGUAAUCAACCCGUGCCCGGAUACCCAACUGGGACACAGCCCGGUGUUGGGUACCCUGGAAACACGCGACCUGUUGCAGGAUACCCAUCCGGUAAUCAACCCGUGCCCGGAUACCCAACUGGGACACAGCCCGGUGUUGGGUACCCUGGAAACACGCGACCUGUUGCAGGAUACCCAUCCGGUAAUCAACCCGUGCCCGGAUACCCAACUGGGACACAGCCCGGUGUUGGGUACCCUGGAAACACGCGACCUGUUGCAGGAUACCCAUCCGGUAAUCAACCCGUGCCCGGAUACCCAACUGGGACACAGCCCGGUGUUGGGUACCCUGGAAACACGCGACCUGUUGCAGGAUACCCAUCCGGUAAUCAACCCGUGCCCGGAUACCCAACUGGGACACAGCCCGGUGUUGGGUACCCUGGAAACACGCGACCUGUUGCAGGAUACCCAUCCGGUAAUCAACCCGUGCCCGGAUACCCAACUGGGACACAGCCCGGUGUUGGGUACCCUGGAAACACGCGACCUGUUGCAGGAUACCCAUCCGGUAAUCAACCCGUGCCCGGAUACCCAACUGGGACACAGCCCGGUGUUGGGUACCCUGGAAACACGCGACCUGUUGCAGGAUACCCAUCCGGUAAUCAACCCGUGCCCGGAUACCCAACUGGGACACAGCCCGGUGUUGGGUACCCUGGAAACACGCGACCUGUUGCAGGAUACCCAUCCGGUAAUCAACCCGUGCCCGGAUACCCAACUGGGACACAGCCCGGUGUUGGGUACCCUGGAAACACGCGACCUGUUGCAGGAUACCCAUCCGGUAAUCAACCCGUGCCCGGAUACCCAACUGGGACACAGCCCGGUGUUGGGUACCCUGGAAACACGCGACCUGUUGCAGGAUACCCAUCCGGUAAUCAACCCGUGCCCGGAUACCCAACUGGGACACAGCCCGGUGUUGGGUACCCUGGAAACACGCGACCUGUUGCAGGAUACCCAUCCGGUAAUCAACCCGUGCCCGGAUACCCAACUGGGACACAGCCCGGUGUUGGGUACCCUGGAAACACGCGACCUGUUGCAGGAUACCCAUCCGGUAAUCAACCCGUGCCCGGAUACCCAACUGGGACACAGCCCGGUGUUGGGUACCCUGGAAACACGCGACCUGUUGCAGGAUACCCAUCCGGUAAUCAACCCGUGCCCGGAUACCCAACUGGGACACAGCCCGGUGUUGGGUACCCUGGAAACACGCGACCUGUUGCAGGAUACCCAUCCGGUAAUCAACCCGUGCCCGGAUACCCAACUGGGACACAGCCCGGUGUUGGGUACCCUGGAAACACGCGACCUGUUGCAGGAUACCCAUCCGGUAAUCAACCCGUGCCCGGAUACCCAACUGGGACACAGCCCGGUGUUGGGUACCCUGGAAACACGCGACCUGUUCGACAUAGCAACAUAUACAUAGAUCAUCCCGUUUCAGUGUUUCGUUUGCCUGUUUAUUACCGUAUCCGUAUUUGGAUAAUAUAUAUAUAUCUUUCUGAUGCAGGUGAAUUCUGUUACCGACCUUGCAUGCCCAACGACACUCGCAUUUGCCAGUUCACAUUUGAGGUUCAUCUCUACCAGACCUUAUCUAGGGCGUGCUACAAAUGUCCCAGCAACGCCACAGACUGCGACCGACCCGAGUGUGUGGCCGGGGACGGGACGCGCAGGAUGGUCACGGCGGUGAACAAGGGCAUUCCAGGACCGUCUAUUCAGGUGUGCGUCGGCGACAAGGUUCUCGUGGACGUCCUGAACGACAUGCCGUCCACAGCCGUCACUCUCCACUGGCACGGUCUCACGAUGGGCCCCUCCUUCGCCGUGCCCCGAGCCGAGAAGACGCCCUUCAUGGACGGCACACCGGGCAUCACGCAGUGCCCAGUGGGGCCCUCGUCCGGCUUCAGGUACUCCUUCAUCGCUUCCAAUCCCGGCACUCACUUCUGGCACGCGCAGACAGGUCUUGAACGCGGCGACGGUGUGUUUGGCCCACUCAUUGUGCAUCAGUCACAUGAAAACGAUCCUUACCAGAAAUUGGCACAACAUAUCAUGACGAUCAAUGACUGGUUCCACUCCUCGACGCAGUCCAAGUAUGUCCUCCGUCAGCACAGCAACCAGGAGGCCAAACCCCAGUCCAUCCUGAUCAACGGCCGCGGUCCCCAGAAGCACGACGCGGAUGAAGUCGCUCGAGUUCCAUACUCAAAAUUCAUAGUGGCCAAUGACACCCGCUACCGCAUGCGGGUCAUCAACGCCGCGGUGACCAACUGCCCCGUGACGGUGACGGUGGACAGCCACGACUUCGUUCUCCUCGCGGCAGACGGCAGCCUUGUGUCGCCCAUGAACACUACCUCGCUGCUCAUCUAUCCAGGAGAGAGAUACGACGUGCUGAUCGCUGCGGAGCAACAGACAUCCUCUGACGGCGGAGUCUUCUGGGUGCGCGUGCAGGGAGGGAACGACUGUGGCCACCUUCAGCAGUACGCAAUUCUCCAGUACCUGCCCACGAACUUUUCCUUCGCCGAAGCUCCGCCCACAGUCCCUCCGAAGACCACGCCCACUCCCAAAACACCACCUGCGCCAGGAUCGCAAGACUUCAGCGGGGCAUGUGGCACCGAAGGGCAGCGUUGCGUCUCUGGUCUGAGGUCACCCACGGAUCUGCCCGCCUCCCUUCAGGUCGCCAAAGCAAAUGUUACUCUCUACCUCGCCUUCACCUCAAAACAAAUUCACAACGAGAAUUUCUACUCCAUUCUCCUCUAUGACAUCUAUGAAGAGACCGACCCUUCGAAGAGACUGGCAACGCCCCAGAUCAACCACCUGAGCUUCCGCGCCCCGCCCAUCCCCCUCCUGGUCAACCACCGCCCACUCAAGUCCGAGAACUGCAGCAGCGAGGGCGUGAGGCGAGGGCACUGCACCGCCGACUUCUGCGAGUGCCUCCACGUCCUGCAAGCUCCGAUUGGGGCAAUAGUUGACCUCGUGCUCAUCGGAGAGGGACCCGCCAACGGGACUUCUCAGGCGGUGCAUCUGCACGGCUUCAAGUUCUGGGUCCUGUCUCAGGUGGCGGCCGAGGACGUGCCCGCGCCGACCAUGACGACCACGACUACCACAACGACCCCAUCCCCCAGCGCCGAUUCAGAAGACAGCGUGGACAUUCCUCCUGCAGGCGACGAGUACCUCUCACGGGAUAAGGUGAUGCAACUGGACGCGGAAGGGAAGCUGAAGCGGUACGUGCUGGACCCCGUGGCCAAGGAUACCGUCACUAUCCCGCCGGGAGGCUACACCGUUGUCAGGAUCGUCGCCGAGAAUCCCGGAUUCUGGAUGCUUGAGAGCCAGGUCCUCUUCAAUGCAAUGGCGGGCCAGAGCCUCAUACUGCAAGUCGGCAACACUGCAGAUUUCCCUAAACCAGCAAAAGACUUCCCCACGUGUUAAAUCUGCAAAAGAUAUUCCUCUGUUUGUUUUUAAUUUUUCCCUCUCUGUCUGCUGCUUUCUUUCUUUCUCUUUUCUAAUAAUCACUCUCUUCCUAUCCUUCUUUUACUUGUUUACCUCAUCUAGUUUUUCAUGUAUAAUGUUUCCUUUUCAUAAAUCUUAUCAUCUCUAUCAUUCCGAAUCUUUCCUACUAAUCAAAUCUCUCUCUCUCUCUCUCUCUCUCUCUCUCUCUCUCUCUCUCUCUCUCUCUCUCUCUCUCUCUCUCUCUCUCUCUCUCUCUCUCUCUCUCUCUCUCUCUCUUCUAGUCCCUACAUUUUAAAUUCCACACGUCGAGGGUCUUUCUUCUCCCGUACUGUUGCAGUUGUGUCGUAACUACUGUAGUCGUACUAGAAAACGACUCUUCUAAAUUCACAACCAAAGAAGGAACUUUGAAUGGAGCCAGGGUUUAAUCACGCCAGUUCGUUAGUAAGAGAAACCAAGAUGAAGACAUUUUCAUCGCGUGACGAACAAAAAUUACACUUUUCUGUCAAUCUCUAAAAUCCUGGGAAAUGAAAUUUAUGAAGUCGAUUUCUAUUAGUUUCUUGGGCAUGAAUAAAUGAAGGUAUUUCAUAAGACUUAGAACAUUAAGUAUGCAUAGUGUCUUACAUGACAGAGCAUAAUAGCAUGUUAUCCGUUUAAUAGUGGGGAAACAGGUGUGUGACAUGUAACUGAUUUAUUUCAAUUAAAUCUUCAUCCAGGUAAAUAAUGAAGAUUUAAUCGAAAUGCGUUGUUUACAUAUUUUGUUUUGUGAAUUAUUCUCAUUUAUUAAGAUGUGAUACUUAUAAUUUCUGGCUAUUGUUCGUCUAGACUUAAAUCUACUUUAUCAUAUCGUAUACAACAAACAAUAUACUGUACCUUAAGAAAUAUCCAUUCAGAAGGAUAAACAUUUUAGUAACAUAUACUUUUCAUAUUUCCUACGACCAUUUCACUGUCAGCGUGUAUGGUUGGAAGCUCACGUAAUCAAAAGAAAAACGCGAAACAUAUUUAUAUAUAAAAAAAUGACAAUAAAGAGAUCCGCAAGAUUUGAUCAGAUUCA